AUGCUCACUAAUCAGCUUCUCCAAGCGGCAAUCAUGCUCCAGCUCAGUCUGCCCGUCUUCUGCACUAGCAGCAGCAGUAAUGUCACUCUCACUUCCUCCAACACCUCCACAACACAGUCCCUAACCCCGCCUCUCACGCACACAAAGCACGUCACGACCAACCCCCCAAGCUCCAGCCCCAACGCCACCCCAAUCCAGGCAACCUCAGCCUCAAACCCCACGCGCCCUACCGCCUCCAUCACUACCGCCACCAACGCCUCCGCCGCCGCAGCCACCUGCCUCACAGCCAACGCCAGCUGCGCCGCAACCUACGACCUGUUCCAAAGCUGCUGGGACACCGGUGUCAGCGGCCCACUCGACCCGAACGACAAGCGCACGAGCAGCAACUACCGCGACUGCGUCUGUGGCGACACAGGAACGACGCAGGCGGAUGCGUGGUCGCUGUGCGCGGAGUGCUUGCGUGCGGCUGGUGAGCCUGGAGAGAGCCUCGACAGCGUGAACUGGGCGUUGUGGGGGUUUUGCCGCUCGCCUGACCCAAACGCUUUCCUCUUCCUUCUCGCACUCCUGGACUUCACGACCGAAAUCCUCGGCUCUGGCACCAGCUAUGAUUCUCAUUCUCCUCCACUCACAGGCGCUAUCACGGCUGUCGCGACGCUGGCGUCCCGCUAUAGCUACGACCCCUCUGCGAAUAUCCUCCCUAGCGGUAUCACGUCCGUCGUCACUGCCGUCAUUACGCCGACGGGGGAGCCUUUGCCUCGCGUGACGACGACCACGGGGACGGGGACGGGGACGGAGUCUGUGUCUGCGUUUGCUACUGCGACUGCAACUGCGUUUGCGUCUGCGACAAUGGCAGAGACGACAGAGACGGAGACCGAGACGAGGGGUUUGGGAGCGGAGCAUGGAGGCGUGAGCUACACGACGGGCGUGUAUCCGAACGGCUUGGCCACGCUGUAUGUGGUUGGGCCGGCGAAGCCGGUGCCUGCGAGCGCAACGGCGACGACGACUAGUAUGGGCUCUGCUGCUGGAAGCCAUGUGCCAGGGGCGCUGGUGCUGGUGUUGCUUGGCAUGGUGGUUUUGGGGGUGGUUUGGGGAGGAGUGCUUUGAGUGAGGUUGGUGGUGGUGGUAGUGAUGGGGCGGGAGGGAGGAGGCUCUUGUCUGAGAGCUUGGGCGGCAUUGGUGCUGGCUUUGAAGGCGUUUUUAUAGAGGUGAACACCUAUGAACGGUAGUACUUCUUAGAGGCGGAGUUGGAUC